AUGACCAGAGAGGACCAAAACUGCACUGACAUCGACCAACUGAUCAAGCGCUAUUACCUUCCUGUUUCCUAUGGAAUCAUCUUCAUCGUUGGCUUGGUGGGAAACAUCACCUCCAUCAGCAUUUACAUGACGAAGAUGCGUCCGUGGAAGAGCAGCAGCAUCAUCAUGGUCAACCUGGCGUUUACCGACCUCUUCUAUGUCCUCAGCAUGCCCUUCCUGAUCUACUACUACAGCAAUGGCGAUUCCUGGACACUUGGCGACUUCAUGUGCCGCUUCGUACGAAUUGGCUUCCAUUUCAACCUGUACGGGAGCAUCCUCUUUCUGACGUGUCUCGCCAUUUUUCGUUUCGUGGUGGUGAGCAAGCCUUUGAAGGCGGCGCAGGUGCAGCAGAAGCUUUGGGGUAUAAUUGCGUGCUCGGUUGUGUGGAUAAUCACGGCUGCUGAAAUCGCACCAAUGAUGACGAUGUUUUCCUUGGACAACAACAACACACGCUGCUUGGACUUUGCUAGCAGUAUACCCUCCGAUUUGCAGUGGUACAGCUGGUUUCUCACCGGACUGGGGUUCCUGCUUCCUCUAGUGGUGGUUUUCAUGUGUUACAUCGGGAUAGCAAAACAGUUGGUGAAAGGGCCCCACACUAACAGUCCAUGUCGGAUGCGAGCAAGGCGCGUCACAGUGCUGAUACUGACCGUGUUCGUGGUGUGUUUCCUGCCGUAUCACAUCCUGCGUGUAAUACGGAUAGAAACGCGAAUGCCGGGAGAUGUGCCAUGUAUGGUGGAGCGCAUCGUGCACGCCGCGUACAUCAUUUCACGGCCUCUAGCUGGACUUAACACCUUUUUUAACCUGGCUUUGUACACUCUAUCAGGUGAUAAGUUCAGGAGGGCCUUCAUUAGCACGUUUUACCGGGAAGGCUGGCUCACCAAGGCCAGGUCAUUGCUCCAUCUGGCCAUCAUUAACACGCCAGACAAUGACAUACCUGCUGUGCGACUGAUUGCCAUCCAACAUCUGACUCUUCUUUGA